GCUAUGGUAAAGAACCACUCAGGGAUACGUUCCAAAAUCCUACCUCGGUUACUAAAAUACUAUAUUUCACGUUACUUGUACUAUAGAUUUUGGUUAACAAAGUAGGAACGUACCCUAAAUGCACCAAACCAAACCAUGGAAAAGUCAUGCUCUCGAUCUAUUUUGAUCUUUAGAUAUUUGUGUUGUAUCUUUGUAGUGUCUGAAGAAUAUACUUUUCCGUGAAAGAAAUUUAUAUAUAUUCCAAAGAUUUGCAGAUAGAAAAGAAUAAAAUUGAUAAAUUAACAGUUUACAGCACUUGUGUGCAGCAUUGUGCCAAUUUGUUUAAGUAUGAUGACUAUGGAACUACUACUCGGACUGCAAAUAAAUUCGGAGAUGGCGAUGCCGAUUACGUUGAACGGUAUUACUUUGAAAACAAGAGUGGAAGAAUUGAAACAAGAAGCUGCGCGGAAAUGGAACGUACCCAAAAAUUCUUUAGACUUUAUUUACUGUGGAGUCAUACUCGAAGAUGACGCAACUGUAGAAUCUAUCGGACUGAAGAGCGGAUCAAUGAUACAUGCGCUACAAAGGGAAGAAUUUGCAGCACCAAUAGCAAAGAAAUAUAUAUCAGAAGAUUGUAUUUUGCAGCUAGCUAUAGCGUUCAAGUCUUUCAAUGUGACUCCUGCUUUCAGAAGCGCUCUGCAUCGUAUAAUUAAAAGGCCAGAAGUAGUAGACAAUAUUAUCUUAUCGUCUCCUGGAUUACACAAAGAUGCUGUUGCCAUUGCCAUAUUACAAGAUCCUGAUUUGAUGUCACACUUCACGGAUGUUGAUACUGUUAAAAAAAUCGCGGCAUUGCAUCCAACGUUAAUCGAUGCGGCGCAGAACGUAAUAGCAGCUGUGCAUGAGGAAGCGCAUAAUGCAACGUCCAGCGGGUCUUCCAGCAGCUCGCUCUCCAGCUUGCAACCCACUACCGCGCGUUCCUACAGCGUAGACAACAUGACUCUGGAAGAGGAAAUGGCACGUGACAUCGCGCAGUUCUUCGCUACACAUCCCGUGAACGACAACGCGCCAUCCUCGACGUCCAGCAGCGCCAAUCAACCCGCGGCCAGCAACCAGAGCACCGGUGUCAUUACGACGCAGAUGUUUAUGGACGCGAUGAGACAAGCCGCGCUGGCAACGAAUUCGAAUCCACAACAAACAUCCGCGUCGGUAUCGGUGGGUUCCCUGUCGCCCGUAUUACCGCCGUUCUCGUCUCCGCUCACCGAUCUAGACAGACAAUUGGGACAAAUGCACGAAAUAGGUCUCCUAGACGAUACGGUGAACAUUCAGGCGUUGCAGUUUACCAACGGCGAUGUGCAGGCCGCAAUCGAACUCGUGUUCAGCGGUUUUAACGACAAUUAAUCGGACAUGAACAACAAAAAACAACGGAAGGUGAUACGAAUAAUACGUUUAAAUUUUUUGUAUGUUUAAUAAGAUGUGUGUAAAAAAACAAUUUUAUUUCGCAUGUACAUAUAUAUGAAUACAAAAUCAAGAAGAAAGAACGUUAA